CUCUCUCUGCUGUCUGCCUCCUAUCCUCAGACAGACCAGACAGACACACAGGCAGACAACAUGGACCCAAACACGACGAUCCUUCGGGUCAAGAGAAAACGGGGCACCGAUCCCGCCGAUGCCUUGCUGUUGGCGUGCAAACGGAUCCGGCCGGAGACUUCUCAGAGCCCCGGGGAAACGGUACCGGAGCCCAAUGAGGCCGAGGUGGAGAACUCCGUCUUCAAACUCGUGGCGACCGUAGCGACACAGGAUGCUCCGGUUCAGACGCAGGUUCGUGAGGCCCUGACCCGGCCCCGGGUUGCCCAUGCGCUGCGACCCUCUGCUGCCAGUUCGCAACGAAUCACUGGGGACCUGCGGAGCACCAAGUGGAGCACUCGGCGAGAGGAACGCUACCGAAUACUGUCCAGCCAUCGCACGGGGCUGUCGAGCCCGGCUGAGCAGUCAAACCCUCAGACUGGCACUGCUGAUGGGACAGAGGAGGCUGCGAGGCCUGGGAAUGAGCAGGAGAAAUGUUGGGGUGUUGGGGAGGUGCAGGUGGUCGACCUCAUACAUGAAGAUGUGGGGAACCAGGACAAAACUGCAGGCAAGACUUUGUCCUCAGACCCAGAAGUCAUCCUGUGUAACAACAUGAAGAUGCUGCGGGAGCGUCUGAACGUAUCCGGGGACGGACUGGGGGAGGAGCACCGCGAGCAGGACGAUGACUACGUCUAUGACCUGUAUUACCAGGAAACGGUCACACCUGGCUGGAUACAGGACAUCCUGUCUGUCAGGGCCUAUGCAGACGAGGGAGAACUGGUGCCUGACCUCGUGGUUCGUGAGGAGGAGGUGUAUGAAGAUGAGGAUGAUGAGAACGAGGAAGGCAACUGGAGGAAUGAUUAUCCUGAUGAGGAGAGUGACGAGGAUGGGGACAGAGAGGAGCGCUAUGGUGGUUACUGGGAAGAGGAGCACUCGUACAGCAGGAGAAGCUGGGAGCGCUACAAGAGGGAGGUGCUGCACGAGUUUGGUCGCCAUGGUGAAGACAGUGAUGACGAUGAUGAUGAGGAGGAGAAUGGCAGUCAAUAUGAUUCUGAUUGAUCCCUCCCUGAUUCCAGAUAACAAGUGGAUGUUCCAGUGCCCUCUCCACAAAUAACACCAUACUCUGUAGACCUCUGUGUAGGCGAGAGUUGGGAGGGGACAUACGCCAGAAUAGCACCUAAAACAAAACCAUACAUCUGAGAAAAGUGCUUCAGGAAAUCCCAGCUUACAUUGUAGCAUUAAGCAGUUUAUCUUGGGUUGUUGUAGUUGGACCAGUUCAAUGACAAUUUUGAUAUUGUUGAAAUUUCCUUCAAAUUUGUGACUUCUCUGUCAUGGUUUCUCAUUGCGAUAGUACUGACAAACUUGCCACUAAAAAUUGGUCUCCAUUUCAGCGGUAACUUUCCAGUCUGGGAAGUAACAACUAACAAACACCCAGAAAUUUCCCUUUUACAUACAAAAUGCUCAAUCUCUACUUCAUCAUCUUUGCUGCUACAGGCUGUGUCCUCUCUGCUUCUCAUCCUUUCUCUGGCCUUCAUCUCCUGCAGCAGAUUAAAAUCACUGCACUCCGCUUCAUGUAGCCAUAGUAGUUAUUUCCCAAAAUAAUCCUGAUUGACUUCAGAAUAUGGAAUGUACGUGGCCAUUGUCAGACACUUAAAGAAGAUAUAAAACAAGAUAAAAAGCCGAAAUCUGUAUCGCUGUAACUACACUGGUGUGAGCUUUUAUAGUUUUGUGCGGAAGAGAUUAUGACGUACUGUGACAACCGCUGAAACACUGGACAGCAGAGUCAAGUUGUAAUGUUGUUAGCUCCACCCGAAUGAAGCACAUCUGAAAGGGAAAGCAACUUUAUUUACAUUAUCUGAUACAGAGAGUUCACUCUUGGACUGUUAGUGGAAAUGAGGUGGCUAUUGUUGCCACGGUAACAUUUGCAUUGUUUUCGUUUCCUUCUUCAGACUCAUAGUCCAGAUCAAAACUUUUUUGGAAUCGUACCUGAUGUUAGCAGCACAGAGAAAUGGCAGAAGAUUUGCUUCCCGGGGGUUUGCUUUCAAAAGGACAUGAGACCAGAGAGACAAACCAGAGAUGUUUCAGCUUUGUAUCUUGUUGGGUUGACAACGGCUACCUUUGUUCCAGAUUUUGAAAAUGAUGAGGACUGAGUUUGGUUUUAUCGGCAGACCUUACUUAGGCUACACAGACCAGAGCACAGCAAUUUGACGCUUUUCACCUCUGCUUCUCAGGUGGCUCAGCUGCAGAGUUUAGCUUAACUGAAGCCCAUGUUUAGUUGUAAGUUUAUCAGUACUAACGCAGUUGGUGAAAUCUCUUUUACUGAUAGACACCAUGAAGGAGAAUGCACAAACAGUCUAAUUUCAGAAAUAUCAAAGUGGUCUUUUAAAGGCAAGAGACAUGUCAGUGUGCACAUCAUGUUCAAAAUCAUCAGUUUCAAGUGUCCUCAAAUAAAGCACAAUGACCGAGAAGCAGCCUAUUAGCAAUGAAAGCACAUAGCAAGCCCCAAGCUAUCAAAGCAUUUUCUCAUUAUUAUCAUCAUGUUAUUUUAUCAUUAUUACUAUUAUCAUUAUUGUUAUUAUUGUUAUAGGCCACUAAAUAAAAAAAAAAUAAAAAAAAUCCCACAGAAUGAUGAUGCAUUAAAGUUCAUUUAGUACAGAUCUCAAUCAGUA